AUGCGUACCGACCGAUCGUGCGCCAGUUGCGUGAAGUCCAGAGGUUGCGCCAACGAAAGCGGAAGGAAAAUCAAGGUCCGGAAUGAGGCGGUCACAAGACUUCUUUCUGUGCCUUCUGCGCAAUUAUGCAGGUGCAACCUCGCUUGGCUGCCUUUGGGUCGAUCUGAAAAGUCCGAAAGGUUGACGAGUUCGGAUUUUCGUGCAGCUGUCUCUGCUCAGCUGUCGGUACCACCGAGCUACAGUGUCACCGGUCCAGUUUGCUAUAGAUCCAGCAGAGUGUCGCAAGCCCUUCGAGAACAUCGUCGAAACAUCGUCUUGUGA